AUGAAUCGCAGUACGGUGACAGAAUUCAUUCUUCUUGGACUGUCCAGUGACCCCAGUAUACAAGUUAUUUUAUUUAUCAUCUUCCUGGCCGCCUACAUGGCCUCACUGGCUGCUAAUGGUCUUCUUAUCCUGGCUGUGAGCUUCGACCAUCAUCUGCAUAAUCCUAUGUAUUUCUUUCUCAUCAAUCUGUCAAUCAUUAAUAUUGGUGGCCCUUCAGCCAUUGUCCCAAAGAUGCUUCUGAACUUCGUCCUCGAGGAAAAUAGUAUAUCGUAUUCAGGCUGCACAGCCCAGAUAUUCUUUAAUCUUCUUCUAGGAUCAAGUGAAUACAUCCUCUUGUUGUUCAUGGCGUACGAUCGUUUUGUCGCAAUCUGUAAACCCAUGCGCUAUCACAUGGUAAUGAGUACAUCAGCUUGUACAUGGAUGAUCACAGUUACAUGGACGAAUUAUCGUUUCAAUAAUGAGAAUCCAGUCCGGACGAUACAAAGCUUUUUCCACUUGCAUUUCACACCUGAUCGUUGUAACAAUGUUCUAUGGAAUAACCAUUGUUAUGUUUUUGAGAUCAAAGGUUUCUGUUGA